GUCGCGUGUGUGUAUGUACGCGGCGCUGUUCCAGCGGCGAGCAAAACGAUUCAAACUUGCUGUCUCGUGCUCUCUGCCAAGGCGGCAGUCGUGCGGCUGUCUGGCACUAGUCACAUCCCGACUGUGCACAGAGCUACUUGUGUGAGCGUGAGCCGCGCGGAUGUCGGACUCGGAAUCGGACUCAGAUGCGCAGCCGCUGCCUGCGAUCCAUGCAGCAGUACGAAAUUUAGACGUUGAGGCGCUGCGCCGUGCGCUCGCGGCUGGCGCCAACGUCGACGCUAUCGACGAAUCGGGCAGGACGCCUCUGUACGUCGCUUGCAAAGCGAGGCCGCCCCCGUCGGUGGUCACGAUGGCGCCGCCAAUAUGGAGGGAAAAGGUUCGCGAGCGCGAGGCGAUUGUCGCUGCAUUACUGCGUGCCGGCGCGAACGUGAACGCGAGAUGUGGAAUGUACCCUACCGUUGAUUUGACGCCCUUGAUGGCCGCUGUCUAUGACAGAGACUUUCCGCCCAGUAGCAUAGUCGCACAACUAAUGGCAGCCGGCGCCGAAAUCGAAGCAACUGACGAUCAUGGUUUUUUUGUGCUGUACACGGCAGCCCGGAACGCGUGCGCCGACACUGUCGCUCGGCUCAUUGCUGCGGGUGCCAAUGUCCACCGGAGGCUCCGUGUCCCUAAGUAUACGGCCAUGGAGGGUGCGACACUAACGCGCAAUGUUCGGGCCUACGCUCCCCUCCUCAGGGCCGGCGCCACGCUGCCGCCCAUAAGUCGCCGCAACGCGUACCUCAGAAAGAUCGCCGCGACCCCAGGCGGCUACCGCGCUUACGAGCGCGCCCACCGCGCGCGACUCGCAGCGAUCUUCAUCCCAAAAUUCCCCGGUCUCCCGGUCGAAGUGAUACACCACAUCGUAUCGAUCUGGGCGGAUUGCGGCGGCCACUAGCUGUAUAAUGUGACAAUACUAG